ACGUGUACAAUGAAAACAGGAGAAAGAAAAACGAAAAUAUAUGUAAAAUACUGAGAGAGGAUAGUCAAAAUUAAUUGUGUCGAUGUCGGUACAAUAAAAUCAAAGUCAAGAAAACACAAGCAAACAAGCAAGAUAAGUGUAUCUGGUGUUAUCCGAACGUGAGUGCAGAGAAACAAUCAAAAUUAACAUCUUUUUGGAGACGAUCAGCCAAUUGGCUGGCAUUGCAAGCAACUGCGUUAAUAUGCAGCUGCUAAUUUCGAGUGUUUGCAUGGCGUUGACCAGCGCUGUAGUUGGCAACGCCUACUACCAGAAACAGCAGUUCUAUCCAGCAGUCGUAUAUAUUACUAAAUCCAAUGCAUCCAUGGCGGUAAUUUACAUACAAUUCUUUGUAAUUGUCUUUAUGUUUGGCAAGCUAUUGCGCAAGAUAUUCCUGGGCACAUUGCGUGCUGCCGAGUUUGAGCAUUUGCUGGAACGUUUCUGGUAUGCGUUGACGGAAACUUGUUUGGCCUUCACUGUAUUUCGAGAUGACUUCAAUCCUCGCUUUGUGGCACUGUUUACAGUGCUCCUAUUUCUCAAAUCAUUCCAUUGGUUGGCUGAGGAACGCGUGGACUUUAUGGAGCGCUCUCCAGUAUUAGGCUGGCUAUUUCACAUACGCGUUGGCAGUCUGCUGACCAUGUUGGGUAUUCUGGACUACGUCCUGCUCAUCCACGCCUACAACUCGACACUGGUGCGUGGUCCCACAGUGCAGCUGGUGUUUGGAUUCGAAUAUGCGAUUCUAUUGACCGUAAUUGCAAGCACGGCAAUUAAAUACGUGCUUCAUGCUGCGGAAAUGCGCACGGAUACGCCCUGGGAGAAUAAGGCAGUUUUUCUGCUGUAUACUGAACUGGUUAUUGGUCUAAUCAAGGUGGUCUUGUAUCUGCUAUUUGUUGUUAUUAUGGCCAAGAUAUACGCGCUACCCAUGUUCGUAUUCCGACCAAUGUUCUUUACCAUACGCAACUUCCGCAAGGCGCUUAAUGAUGUUAUAAUGUCGCGACGCGCUAUACGCAACAUGAACACACUUUAUCCGGAUGCAACACCCGAGGAGCUGCGCCAGUCGGACAAUAUUUGCAUCAUUUGUCGCGAAGAUAUGGUCAAUCACUCCAAGAAGCUUCCAUGUGGUCACAUCUUCCACACGACCUGUCUACGCUCUUGGUUCCAGCGUCAGCAGACCUGUCCCACAUGUCGCCUCAAUAUACUUCGCACCCCAGCUGUCAAUUCGACAGCCAUGCCGCGUCCUGCUGAUGAGCCCGCUAAUCCUGCUGCUCCCGUUGCAGCUCAACCCGCAGCUGCUGUCAAUGCAGCAGCAACUGCUCUGCCGGGUGCAACUGCAGCCGCUGCUCCUGACGCUCGCCUGCCUCAUCCAAAUGGCACAGCUGGAAGGAAUGCUGUGCCACCAACUUUUGCAGACAUUUUUGGAGAUGCCACUGGUCUGCCAAAUGUGUUGCCCAAUCUGGCGGGCCUUGCACCGCCUCCUAUGCUACCCCCCUUCAUGAUGCAGCCACCAUUUGCUUACUUUACGCCACCAAUUGGCCCGCCGCCACCUAUGCCGCUGGAUCUGAGCAGGUUUAGCGAUGAGGAGCUACUCGCCAUGGAGGGCACACAACGCAAAAACAUUGAGGAGCGCCUAAAGAUGCUGCGAAAUAUAAUGCUGAUGCUGGACUCUGCCAACAUUCUAAUGCAGCAGUACCAGGGAUUAAUGGCGCGCCUGCCGCCGCCCACUCCAGCAGCAGUAACACCACUGGCAACAGCAGCAGCAGCUGAAGGAGCGGCAACUAAAGAGCCAGCGACAACAACACCAACAACAGAGAGCAGCUCAACGGCCUAUGAUAAACCCAGCACAUCGAGAGCAGCUGCUGCAGCUGUUGCAGUAAGCCAGGCUAUGCCGCAGGAGGCACAUCAGAUUAGCGUUUCAAAGAGUGCUCCUCUGACAAACGUUGCAGAGACAGUUACUAUUGAAGAUCUGGGCGCCGAGGAGGAUGAUCUGCUGCCGUCCACAGAUGCAGCGAGUUUAGAUGUAGAAAUUGAGGAUAACUCGGAGCUAAGCGAGUUGCGAAAGCGCCGCUUGAAAUUUUUGGAGGAACGCAAUAAAUCACCAACGAGCAGCGACGUCACGGAUUAGGAACUUGAGGAACUGAAUUUAAUAUGCAGGAGCAGCAGCCUUUACGCCCACCUCGCCCUAAACACACACAUGCAUACUACACACACAUAUGUACACUCAUUACUGCGAUGUGUAUUCUAUGAAUGGAUAUUGAGAAAUGUUUCUACUACUUUGACCAUUAUCUUUUACAAAUUAUUUGAUUUUGUUAUUAUCUCUUGGCUUGGUUUGCAAUAUUGGGAACUGCUGAUGUCCAUUUGAGAUGGGUCGUUAUUCGUGUGAAACAAAGGAU